AUGUUUAUUGGUAUAUUUAUUUUAUUAUUAAUAUUGAAACCAAUUGUAUGUGUUAUUAUCUACGAUAUUACUGAUGAUAAUGCACAUGGUGUACGUAUUGCUGGGAAUGAUCAGUUCGUUGUUUAUGGAAUGAAUCUUGCUAUGGGUUUUGACAUAAAUUUUGCACCAUUUGUACCUUUAACAGAUUGUGUUUAUGUGAAUCAAAGUCGUGAUUUUUAUGUAUACAGUUUAGAUGUCGUAUUGAAUAAUGAUAAUAAUACAUCUGAUCAAUUAUUUACAUUUGUACAAAUAUCUGAACAAAUGUCAACACAAAACAUUUAUUUUAGUAUUAUUACUGUCAAUAGAUCACUUUGCAUAAAUGGCAAUAUGAGUACUGCAACCAUUCGUGAUACACUCAUUUUGAAUGGUACACAUCAAGAAUAUAUGUUACUCAAAGUUGUUCCUUCUCAAAAAUAUACUUGUGUAUUUACUGAUAGAUUUGCUCUCAUGUUCGAUAUUGUUAAUAAUGAAAUAAUUGAAUUAAAAGAUUCCUAUACAUUCUAUUCAUAUCCUUAUCCAAUCAUACCACAUGCAAUUGAUGUUACAGAUACAUAUGUUAUUGGAGUUGGAUAUGCAAUCUCAUAUAUUAAUCCAAACAUUGCUGUAAUUAUCGCAUUUAUUUGUGAACUUCAACCAUUCAGAUCUAUUAAUUAUACCACGAUUAUUGACAUGAACUCAUUCGCACAGACUGCUGCGUUAGCUACAACCUAUAAUAUUGCUAAUCAAAUGUCAAUAGCUUCUUAUUAUUAA